AUGUCGUCUAAGGUUAAAGUUUUUACUCUUGAAGAUGUCAGAAAACACAAUAAGCCAGAUGAUCUUUGGAUUGUGAUUCACGAUAAAGUAUACGAUUUGACAAAGUUCGCGUCUGAGCAUCCAGGGGGUGAAACUGUAUUAGAACAACAAGCGGGAGAUUAUGGUACCGAACCAUUUGAAGAUGUAGGACACUCAUCAGAUGCUCGCGAAAUUAUGGAGCAGUACUAUAUAGGCGAUAUAGCACCUGCCGACCGUGAACGAAAAAGUAAAUUCACCUCUUCAUUCACACUAAAGAAAGUAGAUAAUUUUAGCUUCACCAGAUGGUCUGGAUUACUUAUUCCAAUUGGUGUUGUAGUAGUAGCGAUCAUUGUGUAUAAAUGUUUCUUAUAA